UGGUGCUUGUACUGACGUCGACUAUUAACUCUUGUCCACCACCGCGGAUGACUAUAUGUCAAAGAUUGCAAGUGUUGUCAUAAUUUUCACCGUCAUCUUCCUAGUUGUCGUUUAAUUUUGACAUUAACGUCAUAUCUAUAAUCAUUCGUUAUAAUUGAUAUCGUUUAUACGUUAUUAGUAUUAUCAUCGGUCGUGGUUAUAUCGUUGUCGUUGUUGUGUUGAUUAUAUUCAUUCCUCUCGUCGUGUUUCGGGUGAAACAUCUACGGUAAAAGGGGGGAAAAAAAGGAAAAAGAAAUUCUUUACUUUUUACUGACAAUACAACAGCCGGGAUCAACGUCCCACGUUAUUAUUCAGGAUGUUGGCGUUAAUCAAUAGGAUCUUAGAUUGGUUCAAGUCACUCUUUUGGAAGGAGGAAAUGGAACUUACCCUCGUUGGACUUCAAUAUAGCGGAAAAACUACAUUCGUUAAUGUUAUAGCGUCAGGACAAUUUAGCGAAGAUAUGAUACCAACGGUUGGUUUUAAUAUGCGUAAAAUAACUAAAGGUAAUGUUACCAUCAAAGUUUGGGACAUUGGUGGUCAACCAAGGUUUAGAUCCAUGUGGGAAAGAUAUUGUAGAGGUGUCAAUGCUAUAGUAUACAUGGUUGAUGCAGCUGAUUCAGAAAAAAUUGAAGCCAGUCGUAACGAAUUACAUAAUUUACUGGACAAACCUCAACUAUCCGGUAUACCAGUUCUAGUACUUGGAAAUAAAAGGGACCUUCCUCACGCAUUGGAUGAAAAUGGACUUAUAGAAAGAAUGAAUUUGUCAGCAAUUCAAGAUCGUGAGAUUUGUUGCUAUAGCAUUUCUUGCAAAGAAAAGGACAAUAUUGAUAUUACGUUACAAUGGCUCAUAGCACAUUCCCGAAGUGGAAUACGCUAAUACGUAUAAAAAGAUGCUAUGCAUUCGUGUUGGAAUACCCAAGAUAUCGGUAAAAGUAUUGGGAUCAAUCGCACGAGGAGUGUUAAAUGGAUUUUGUUCAGGAUUCAGAAUCGAGUCACAUAAUCGUAGAAAAUUUAUCAACCUAAGCUUUAGCAAUUUUAAGUUUUAAUAUGAAGAGUUUUGCAGUUUAAUUAAAGGAGAGGAAGAAUGACAGAACACACAUAACAAACAAAACAAAAAAAAAGAGAAAAAUAGUAAAAAAAAAAAAAAUAUGAAAAACAAAAAAAAAUAUAAGAAACAAAAAACAAUGCUUAUGCCAAGUAUGUUCUUGUGGAUUAUAACACGAAAAAGCUCUAAUUAUCUUGGAGCUAGUUAGCGUUUAAGAAACAAUUUUUUAUAUUUUCGUUUUUAGAUACUCGAUUCAAACAUCAGUGCUAUUAUUUGAACUUGUAAUAUUGGAGCAUAAUAGUAUUUAAUAAUUAUAAUAGAUCACUGGUAGCUAAUACAAAUACAGGCUCAAAGGUAUUAAUAUUAAUUACUAUUAUAUAAUAUGCAAUCUCUUAAAAUUACUUGAUAACGAUUAAAACAACACAAUGUAGAGAUUUCAAACGAUUGCUAAAUGUACAUGAUACGAUGCUAAGUAAACUUGUAUAAUUAAUGAAGAAUAAUGGACUAUACGAUAUAUCAAUUUA